GCAGAACAGUUGGAGAACAGCAUGGUGAGAGUACGUAUGGAAGCAGUAAUCCUUGUGCUGAAGUCACUGUAAAUUAAUGUAAUGACUAGUUCAGUAGUUGUUUAAAAUAACUGUUGGAUUAGAAGGAAAUACUCAUGUAGGGAAGCCAGUUUAUCUCUGCAAUUAUGGUGCAGGUUGCCACAGACUCGGAACAGACCUCGUUUGACAAAGUUUUCGAUGUAUUCGAAGAAUUAGGAAGCGGUCAGUUUGCAGUCGUCAAACGAUGUGUGGAGAAAGAGACUGGAAAAGAAUUGGCAGCCAAGUUCAUCCGUAAACGUCGCACAGGUAGCAGCAGACGAGGCGUGGCUCCCGAAGAUAUUUGCCGCGAGGUGUCUAUUCUGAAAGGGGCGAACCAUGAUAAUAUCGUACGAUUACAUGAUAUUUUUGAUAUCGGCUCACAGGUUGUUCUUAUUUUAGAGCUAGUGAAAGGUGGAGAACUAUUUCAGUUUGUAUCCGAGAAAGAGUUCCUGAGUGAAGAAGAAACAUCAGGUUUUAUCAGGCAGAUUCUACUUGGGUUAAAACAUCUGCAUGAUCAGUCUGUUGCUCAUCUUGACCUUAAGCCUGAGAAUAUAUUGCUUGUAGACAGUGCUGGCAAACAUAUCAAAUUGAUUGAUUUUGGACUCUCAAGACACAUCACUGCAGAUUCAGAGAUCAGAGAACUAAUGGGGACACCAGAAUUUGUUGCUCCAGAAAUUGUUAAUUUUGAACCAAUUACCUUAGCUACUGAUAUGUGGAGUAUAGGUGUUAUCACAUAUAAUUUAUUAAGCGGUGCUUCACCAUUCCUCGGAGAUGACAAACAAGAAACUUUCAGCAACGUUAGUGCUGUGAAUUACUAUUUUGAUGAAGAUCAUUUUUCACAUGUCAGUGACCUUGCCAAAGAUUUCAUAGCCAAACUUCUAGUCAAAGAUCCCAGGAAGCGAAUUACUGUGAAUGAGUGUUUGUCGCAUCCAUGGAUACAGAAAUACAGUGAUUCCUAUGAAGAAACCCAACAAGCAAGGAGAAAUAUCAAACCCUCUCUAGCACAGCAGAAAUGGAAAAGGUCCUUCCAUCUGGUCACCUUAUGUAAUAAUUUGUCUCACUGUGCCAAGUUAAAGUACCAAAACAGUAGGAAUAUGCUAGAUGAUGAGUCUUCCUGUAGUCAGGACUUGGCAGAGUAUGGUCAACAGGAGAACUAUAUGCUGCAAAACGAAAACUUUGUGGUAGCGGCACUGUUCUCGGCCAUUGAAGUAGGGAAUCUAGCUGGUUUAGAAGAGCUUUUUGCAGAGUCUAAUAUUGACCCUAACCAAGGAAACAGACAUGCUGAGACACCAAUACAUUUAGCAGCUGGCCUUGGAAAACUAAAAAUAGUCAAAUUUUUACAUCAUUGUGGUGCCAAUAUCAACUUAUUAGAUGUGAAUGGAGAUAGUGCCAUUCACUGGGCAGUAAGGCAGGACCAUGCUGAAGUCAUUAGUUAUCUCUCCAAAAAAGGACUUGAUGUAGAUGUACAAAACAAGGAAGAAGAAACAGCUCUUCACUGUGCUGCAGCCAGAGGUCAUGUAGAAAGUGUACGUUGUCUGUUGGAUGCCAAGGCUGAUGUUAACUUGUUAGAUAAGAAUGGCUGCACAUCUCUCCAUUUGGCUGUUAGAAGACAUCAUGUGGAGGUAUCAAUGCUGUUGCUUCAAGCAGGAUGUCAAAUUGAUAUCUUAGAUCAUUAUGGUGAGGCACCCAUCCAUGUGGUAGCAAGGGAAGGACUCCUUCCAUUAGCUCAAACUCUGUGUGCAUUUGGUUGUCAAACGUGCACACCCAAUAAGGCUGGACAAUAUCCGUUACACAUAGCUGCCAGAAAUGGACAUACUGAUGUUGUCAGAUGUCUGUGUCUAUCUGGCUGUAAUGUAGAUCAGAAAAAUCAGGAUGGACUUCCAGCUGAACUAAUAGCGUUGGCUCAAGGCUAUAGCGAUAUUGCAGAAUUGCUAAACAUAGUAAAAAAUAAACAGGUAAAAGAAGAGUUUGUUUCUCAACUUGUUCCCACGACUCAGCCUAUUUCUCAAAUAAAAUUCAAGUUGUUUGGUCACAGUGGUGUUGGUAAAACAACUCUAGUGAAAUCACUAAAAUGUGGUUAUUUCAGCAGUUUUUUCAGAAGAUCUCGAACAUCAUCAUCAGCUCCGUUAGGUCCUAGAAAAGAUUUUAAAAAUAGUUUUAAUUCCAUUAGCUCCAACUCAGAGUUCAGUGUAUCUUCAUUGAAAACUACUCCAGAGAGCAGUAUGGAGUCUUAUACUAAAGGUGUCGAAACGCAGCAACUACAUAUUCCAGGUGUUGGUGACUUAAGUAUAUGGGAUUUCUCAGGUCACAAGCCCUACUAUAUUGCUUACAAUCACUUUAUUGGAAACACCAAUUGUCUUCAUGCUGUAGUGUUCAGGAUUAUUGAUCCACCAGAAGUGCGUUAUCAGCAUAUUCUUUUCUGGCUUCAGUUUUUCCAAGCUUGCAUCCCACCUCAACAGCCUCUAGGUUACUGUGGUAGAAGCAGAAAAUUAGCCAAAGUAGUUUUAAUAGCCACCCAUGCUGAUGUAGCCAAAGUCUCCCACCAUUCUCUGACAAAAGAAAGUUUGAACUUGGAGUUGUCUGUAAUGUUGCAAGACCUCAAGAGCAAAUUUAUAAAUAUUUUUGAGUUUCACGAGAAUAUCUUCAUUGUAGAUGCGCAUUUGGCAGGAUCACCUAGUAUGAAACUUCUUAAACAGUAUUUAAAUACUGAGAAAAUUAAAAUUGUUCAGGAUCUUCCCAAACACAGUGGUUUCCUUGAAUCUGUGCUUUCCCAGUUACCAGCAUGGAGAAAAUCUUCUGGUAGCUUUCCAGUGUUGUCCUGGGAACAGUUUGUUGACAAGGUUCACCUCAAGAUAAACCCACUUUCUGGAGAGGAACACUUUAGAGAAUUAAUUACACAACUUCAGAUUACAGGAGAGGUACUUUACCUGAAGUCAGAGAAUCAGAAUUUUGUUGUGCUAAAUCCAAGAUGGUUAUGUGUGGAUGUUCUAGGACAGUUACUGUCACACACCCACCUACAACAUGCCCCUGCAUCGGGGUGCUUUACUCUAGAUGACAUUCAGCUACUGUUUCCUGACAGUGACCCAUUAGGCCUACUACAGAUACUGGAAGCAAUUCAACUCUGUACCCCAUGUCACUGUGAUGGAGUCAUUAAAUAUGAGUUUCCAGUUUUUAACAUCAUGAAGACCCAUGAAGUUUCUUGGGAAAAAGAGGAUCUGCGUUAUCAAAAUGGAGUCUAUGCAGGUGUACAGAUUAGACCGCAAUCCACGUUAUGCCCAUUACUUUCUUGGAUCUUUCCACGAGUCCAGGUUCAACUCAGAAAGUCAGUUCAUCAGCACCCAGAUCUCAAAAGUAACCUACAUCAAUGGCAGACUGGCAGUAGGUAUUGUAAUGACUGUUUAGAAGGGUUGAUCAUCCUCACUGACAACAAAGUCAUAGAAAUCAAAAUCCGAGGUCUCUCCGGCCAUAAGAUGGGCAGUUUCUUUUUCUUGGAGGACUUGUUGAGUGUUGUGGACCAUACUCUGAAUGAUACAUAUCCUGGUCUUGUGGUGGGAAAACACUUUCUCAGUGUUUCUCAGCUACAAGAUCAUGUUGAAAACCCAGUCAACUUUCCUUCAGAUUUAUUGGUAAGAUAUUUGGUUAAAGAAGGACCAGAUGCUAUUGUCAAACAAGAAAAUGUACAGGAAAAAGUGGUUGAUUUAUUUUGUGGUUUUGCAUUCAAGCUUCAAGAGCAUCUUAACCCUAAAUCUGCAAGGGUGAUCCUUGCACCCGAUGUUCUUGUUUCUCAGCUGUCUGUGUUGACUUGUCAAAAAUUAUGUGCUCUACUUGAUCCUCCGGAAUCACUGGGCCGUGAUUGGUGUAUGCUAGGAGUUUGGCUUGGUAUGACAGAUGAACUUCCACACAUUGACGGAGGUGAAAAUUAUUGCAUUAGCCCCACAGCACAAAUAUUAGAACAGUGGUCUAAGUAUCCUUAUAGUACUGUAGGAAAUCUUCUGAACAAGCUCGAAAAAUUAGGUCGUGAAGAUGCCGUACAAAUAUUAUUGAAAAACACUCCUCUCUUCAAAGUCUUUUCCACAGAAUAUGGUGUUAUUACUGAAGAUGUUAGGAUUACUGGAGCAGAUUCACACACUUCCAGCUCCAACUUGUCAAGAUAGGUAAAAAAAUGAGAACACUUACACUUCUGUCUUAUUUAAAUUACUUAAAAUUGUUGCACUAGAAGCUAUUAAUGGUAAAGCUAUGUUUCACUAGAAUAAGAUUAGCAGGUCAAACCUCUCAUUUCUUAUACAGUCUCCUUACGAUAAACUAUUUUGGAGUUGCUGUGAAGUGUGGGUUUUUAUUAAAUACUAGCUUUGCCCGACCUGUCAAAAAAUGACAGCUUGGAGUUUAAUAAAAAUAAAAUAAAAUGUGAGCUUUGUUCACCAAACUUCCCCCCUUCAUCAUAAAAGAAAAAUAAUCACACAUUGAGAAGUCUUCAAGUACACUCUCAGAAUAUCAAUAAGAAUGGUGUAACUUAAAUAAAAAUGACUCAUAAUAUGAGUAUUACACACACACACACACACACACACACACAGAAUAUCUCACACUCUCAAAAUAUCAAUAAGAAUGGUGUAACUUAAAUUAAAAAUGACUCAUACGAGCAUUACACACACGCACACAAAGUGACAACUGGCUUUUAUAUCAGUGGAAAAUUAGUAGUAUCAUGCCAAAAUUCAUAUAAAUCUAUGACAAUCAUAUGAAAAUUGUUUAAAGUAAUUUUUUUUACCUUUCAAUUUAUUCUCCACAUUGACUAUAUCACCAAUCCAUCAGUAUUUCGCACGUAGCAGAAUGUAUUUUUCUAAUUGCAUCAUACAGCCUAAAAAUUACAGCAUAAAUGCCGAAAGAAGAUAAAGCACUCGGACACAAUAGGCCUAAGGUUUAUGAUAAGAAUUCUAUUACAAAGUUUAAACCUAAAAAUCAUUUUCAUAUACCAUCAUUAAUUAAGACUAAUAGCAAUAUGUAUGGGGUAAAGAAAGACAAAAAGAUAUCCAAAAAAAAAGUAAUAAUAAAACUGAAAACUUCACAAAAACCUAAUGAGAACACACAAAUUAUGGUCACUAAACCACUAACUUGGAUGUUUUUAAAACUUGUUAAGAACUUCAAAAUAUCUAUGUCAAGCUAAGUAUAUGCAUAAAAUAAAAUGUAAAAGAACCUAAGAAAGUGGAAUUCAAGCCAGCCCUUGUAAACGUUUGAAGUAUUAUAUGCAUACUUCAGUCAACAAUAUUAGGUCAUAGUUUAGUUGCUAGGCAACAUAAACAAAUGAAAUGUUACUAAAGGUCAACUGGCUUUUGUAUGUAUUAGAUUAAGUUAAUUUACACAAACAAUAUAAUUAUUACAUGUACAAAAACUGUUGGAUUUUGUGUAUCUAAAAGUAGAACGAGGUUUGAUUCAACAGUACAAAUGUUUUUACUUCAGAUUCUUGAAAACCUGACAGUAUGCUACUCUUAAAAAAUUUUAAUAGAUAUUAAGAACAGGUAACUCUUCUAAUAUGUGGAACUAAUUCCUGAGUAGCAAGAGUAACUUUGCCCCAGAAUAUGUAAAUCAUUAUUGAAAAUGAAAAUUAUUUUUGGGACAUACAUUACAAAAAAAAAAUCAUUCCCAUAUUACUAAGCAUUGUGUCUGCCGCUCCAUAAGCAACAUGAAAUAAGUUUUAUUAUUGUAAUGGGCCAGAUGAGUCUUAAUGGUUAGCUUGCCCAGAGUGUGUAUUUAAUGGUUAAUGGUUUGCAUAUCAUUGCUGCGAAACUUUGAGGCUAUAUAUAAGAUACAAGUAUUGAUCAAAUUCCGUUAUUUGAUCAGACAAGAGUUGGCUGUGGGUGCUGUUGACUAGCUGCCUUCCCUCCAGACUAUCGGUUCAAAGGUAGGGAUGGCUAUGAAAUGGGUAGUUUUACAUGAAAAUUCUAAAUACAACAGCAGCAUUAGUGUAAUAUGGCAAAUGUCUGAAACUUUAAUAGUCCUACAUCUGAAGACACAGCAUGCUCUUGUGUCAAUGUACCACCUUUUCUUAUUAAAACCAUUUUAAUUUAACGUGAGAAGAACUGGCAGUGACAGUUCUUGACAUGCACACUUGGUCAGUUUUCAUUUGACACGAACUGUCACUGC